AAUAAUAAUAUAAGGAUUGAGACCAUCAAAUUUAAACUUGCAAAUGGCUCUCAUUUUAAAUAUGCCUAAAGAAAGAAAGAAAAAAAUAUCGAAGCCGAUUCGAUCCAAUCCGGGGCACCAACUUAAGAUUUUGCAAAAAGUUGAAACAGGCGUGCAUUAUAUAUUUGAGUUGAGAAGAACCACUAGAUAGUCUUUUCUCUUUAGACCUUUAACUCUUCUCUCACCCUUUUCUGUGUAAAUGUCCUGCAACUCCAUUGUAGGUUCAGAGUUUUAGGAGAGAGAGAGAGAGAAAGUGAGCUAAGGACGAGGAUCGUGUUAGUGGUUUGUUCCCGCCAAAACCUGCAAACUUUUCCCUACUAUCAACUUGCCUUCUCUCUUUUCUUCUAUUUUUUCAACUAAUCCUCCAUCAUAAUAGUACAGUGUCAGUCCAGUGUAGCAAAUUACUAGUACUUCAGUUUUUAAUAACGUACCCUCACUCAGUCCUUGUGCUUUUACUCUUGUUUCUGUAACUAUUUACUCCUUUAAAUUAAAGUCCUUCCCCCCCUUGGUACUUAUGUCUAUUUGUCCCCCCUCUGUAUCUCUUUACUCUACUCAUCAUCUCUUUCCAUAAAUUCAUCCCUCUCUACUGCUCACCUCCACUUCCCCUCUUUUGCUUAUUCCUUCCUUAGACCCCAGAGUUCUGUUAAAAGUUAACCAACAAUUUUGAGCUCUGUUUUUUACAACAUGAUUUUACAACCACCACCAGUAAAAUUCUCCGAACACUUGGUCACUACAAACAAGCAAGUUCAUGAGCUGAACAAAAGAAGCAUGAAGAAUCCACAAAAAGUUGUUCGAAUCAUACUUACCGACGGCGAUGCAACGGAUUCAUCCGACGACGAAGAGGAUCAAUUCAUGGUACGAAGAGUGAAGAGAUAUGUGACUCAAAUCAACUAUACACUGCUACCGGAGUCACCAAAGCAAGAGUCUCAACCUCAACAAAGUAGCAGGAAACGGUGUUUGCCUUCAUCGGAUAGUGAUGUCAGCAGCCGGAAAAAAUACAGAGGCGUCCGUCAAAGACCAUGGGGUCGGUGGGCCGCCGAGAUUCGUGACCCUACACGUGGGAAACGUGUCUGGUUAGGAACUUACGACACGCCGGAGGAAGCAGCCACCGUGUACGACAGAGCUGCCGUUAUGCUUAAAGGUCCCGACGCCGUUACCAACUUUCCAUUAGUCUCGCCGGCGAUUGAAACAACGGAGGCGGAGUCCAUCAUCGUCAGCCCAGCAAGGACUGAAGUUUCUUCAAAGGACGUGGCUUUAUCGCCGACGUCCGUUCUCCGUUCUGAUGAUUUUGGGCCGUUUGAUGGCAGCCUAGGGUUUAGCGAAGUGGAUGCUUUCGGUUUCGAAAUUGACUACCCUUUUGGUCUAACGGGAUUUGGAAUGUCGGAGAAAUAUUUCGCCGAGGAAUUCAGCGAGUUUGACUUCGACGAUUUUGCCCUCGAAGUCAGAUAAUCGUGAGGGGCAAUUUCGUCAUUUAAAGAAAUGUCCCGGUUUUUGUUGCAAUCGGUGACGUGGAUUAUUUUUGGCGGCAAUAUACAAUGUGCAUAGCAAUACUGUUGUAGUAUACGUCGGAAAUCAUACGGCGAUUUUAGUGAGAGAUAUUUCCAUUUCUUUUCAUGGUCAAUUAUACAUAUAGGAAAUUGUAAAACGACUUAUUUGUUUAAAAAUUAAGAUAAAUUGUUAAUUAUGAGAAGUGUGGAAAGUGGGGUAUGUAUUGUUUCGUAUAAGAAGAGUGUUCGAGAGUGAUAUUUCUUGGAUGUCACGCCUAAGCGUUGAAGAGUGAGUGAUAUUUAUUGUCUUAUCAAAUUAUAAUAUAAUGUGGAUGUCUAAUAAAGGAAGUGCAUAAUGUUGAGUGGUA